GCAGUUAUAUUUACAGGGUCCAGGGAGAUCAGAUAUAGUGAAUGCAGGAUCCUGGGAGACCGGAUAUAGUGAAUGCAGGGUCCUGGGAGACCAAAUAUAGCGAAUGCGGGGUCCUGGGAGACCAGAUAUAGCGUAUGCCGGGUCCUGGGAGACCAGAUAUAGUGAAUGCCGGGUCCUGGGAGACCUGGGAGACCGGGCAUCGGGUCACCAGGCAUGACAGCGGGCACUGGGUCAUCAGGUACCAGAUCCGGGCAUCGGGUCACCAGGCAUGACAGCAGGCACUGGGUCAUCAGGCGUGAUAGGAUCAUCAGGCUGGAUCAGUUCAUCAGGCUGGGUAGAGACAUCAGGCUGGGUAGAGACAUCAGGCUGAAGUGCGGGUGCCGAGGCACCAGGCUAAACCACGGAAGGCAGGUUCUCAGACGGCAGGCUCACCGGUUUGGAUACUGGCAGGAUGGUACUGGCAGGAUAGGUGCAGGGAGUGGGAGCAGGGGACUGAUAUGU